GAGAACAAGAACAUUAGCAGCAGCAGUUCGGACGAGGACGAUGUUGAGCAGUUCGCGGUAAAAAGAACUCACAACAAGCCGAGCGUGAAGGACCUCACAAAGGCGCAGACGCUGCGCAAGAUCGCCGUUUCCGAAAUAAUUGCAGAAGAAAAUGAAACUACAGAAGAUGAUCAUCCAGCACCAGCUGGUAUUGGAGAUCAUCAAGACCAAGUUCCAGUUCGGAACAAGUUUCUUGCUGAGGCAAUCCUCCAAUUUUCCGUGCGUGUCGAGGACCCCUUGGUCAGAGAAAUUUUAAGAAGCAUGUGGCUAUUCAAAGAGGAAGAUACAGAAUCUGCAGAAGGAGAAUCCGUGGAGGCGAGUGCAGGAGCAGGUGCAACAUCCGCGUCAUCUCCAGCGGUGAAGAACCUUCGUCACGAUCCGGCUUUGGUUCCCAGCCUGUCGGCAAUAGGAACCAGUAUCUGGGGUGCUGUCAAGCAGGAGCAGGACGACGCGAGACAACACGAACAAGAAGUACAACACACGAUGGAAGGAGCGUCUGCUUCAAGGGUGAAAGUGAAGACCAGCACGUCAACGUCGUCCAUUGUCUCUUUGAUAGAGAAGGUCGAGGCCAGCGUGGUUCGAAGCAACGUGUUUUCUGGUCAAAAUCAGAACGAUUCCGACGAGAAACCUGAUUCAACAACCCUGGACGAUGAGAGCCCAAUCCAUGCAGCUCCUGCGCCGAUGAACUAUAUCCAUUUACUGAAUGACAAUGAGUCGAAAAGUGCCGGCACGGCACAAAAUCAUACGGGAAAUGUCUCAGAACAAAAUCAAACUGGCAGAGCAGGACCAGGAUCAUCUACAUCUUCCGAGCAGGCGCUGCAAACGUCAAACCACAAUGUCUCGUCCUCGGCCCCCUCGGAGGCUCCGACCACAGAACGCGCGCUGCUCAACGCGGCCGAUACAAAUGAGCUUGCUCUACUUCAGCCUAAAUCUCCCGGCGCAUUGAUGCUCCUCGUAGUCGGUGCCAUUGUGUUCUUUGUCGCCGGCGUGACUUUACUUGGCUAUUGCGCGGCUCGGGACCGCAUUUUUACAGGAGGCACAUUAUCUGGCGGAGGAGGAGGCCACGGCGAUCCGGCAGCAGGAGCGGCCGCAAGAAGCGGAGGUGGCACCGGAGGACUGGAACUAUUCGAGGAUGAGGAAAUAAAUGGAGAUCAUGCUCUUCAGCUUGGUGUGACCGGAGGACAGACGCAGAGAAGCAAGAACUCCGAUCCGAGAGCGAGAAAUCAGAAUUCCCCUCCUGAGGCAGGAGGAGAUAGAGGUCUUUACAACUCCUUAACGUCUAGCGGUCGCGAGAUUCAGCGGUUCAAUGAGCAACAACACGUCGCACCGACUUCAGACCAAAUAACCGCCCAGCUCGAGUCCAGGACGACGCUGCCUGACAGCCGGCUGACUGUUGACGCGUCGUUAACUACACCAGAACUUGCUGCCUCUUCUGUGGCGCUCGUUUCUGCGGGUGCUGGAGGAGAGGAAGACUAUCCGAGCCAGUUCGCCGGAUUCGGGGUGCUGCCGCCAGUUGUGCCAGCCUCAGCCGCAACCAUUCAACUGAACAAGUACGGUCGCGUUGUUGAUAAAAUAAAUGAGAAGCCGACCACCGCUACUGCGGGCUCUGCGAGAAAUUCGCCAUCUGCUCGCGUAGUAGAAGAAGUAGGGCCAGUAGGAGUUGCACCAGCUCCAGAAACAGGAACGGUAACAGCUGUAACUACAGGUAAUAGACAUAAACCUCGACCUCCCGAAGAACAAGUCGUGAGUCAUAUUAAACUACUGCAAAGCAAGAAAGGCGCCUCGUCCUCGACAUUGCAGGCACGCGGUCACCAACACACCAAGAAAGCAGCAAAGCCGACCAAGCGAAAGACCCCGGAUCUUCAUGCGAAAUCAACAUCCAAAGUGGCGCUCGGCGGCGAUUUCCAUGGAGGCGAAGCAGAGAUAAUUCACAACAUGUAUCAGUCGGUAGCAAAGGCGUUGAUUCGAUCACCAUCGGCUGCAUCUUCGCACAAAUCAUCAGUCUCAGGAAAGUCAUCGGCUUCCUCUGCACGAAGCGCAUCUUCAAGGGGCAGCAGACCGAGUGCUGGGCUAGCAUUACCAUCGCGCGCGCAUGCUUCAGAAAAAAAAUCAUCAAAUUCCUCUGGGACGCGAAACGCAUCAAGAGGCAGCACCAGACCAAGCGCUGGGCCAGCAGUACCACGCCCGUGAUAUGCUUCAGGACAUUUCCACUCACGACAGACUUCUUCCGCAAUAUGACUAUGAUGUAUCUAUGAGCUUUUACUAGUUAUGUACACGACUGAGACCGAUUUUUUUUUGAAAAGAUGAAGAUAACACUAUCUGGUCGAGUCAAUUGAUCUUCGUCAUUCAUCAUCACACCUCUG